AUGACGGCACGAGUAGCUGCUGUGUUGGCUGGAGUUUUAGCAACACAACUGGCAGCUGCUGGUGAUGGCAAAAGUACCCAGAUUGAUCCGGAGGAGCUGUUCACUAAAUUGGAUCGAAUCGGGAAAGGAUCGUUCGGAGAGGUUUUCAAAGGCAUCGACAAUCGCAGCCAGAGCGUGGUGGCCAUCAAGACCAUCGAUCUGGAGGAGGCGGAAGAUGAGAUCGAGGACAUCCAGCAGGAGAUCACCGUGCUCAGCCAGUGCGACAGCCCGUACAUCACCAAGUACUUCGGCUCCUUCCUGAAGGGCAGCAAACUGUGGAUCAUCAUGGAGUACCUGGGAGGCGGCUCGGCGCUGGACUUGCUGAAGGCCGGCCCGUUCGACGAGGCGCAGAUCGCCACCAUGCUGAAGGAGAUCCUGAAGGGGCUCGACUACCUUCACACGGAGAAGAAGAUCCACAGAGACAUCAAAGCCGCCAACGUCCUGCUGUCCGAGCACGGCGAGGUGAAGCUGGCCGACUUCGGCGUGGCGGGCCAGCUCACCGACACGCAGAUCAAGAGGGAGACCUUCGUGGGGACGCCCUUCUGGAUGGCGCCGGAGGUCAUCCAGCAGUCGGCGUACGACUCAAAGGCGGACAUCUGGUCUCUGGGCAUCACCGCCAUCGAGCUCGCCAAAGGAGAGCCUCCCAACUCCGACAUGCACCCGAUGAGAGUGCUCUUCCACAUUCCCAAAUCUCCUCCUCCGAUCCUGACGGGAGAUUUCUCAAAGAGCUUCAAGGAGUUUACGGAGGCCUGCCUCAACAAGGACCCCUCCUUUCGUCCCACAGCCAAGGAGCUGCUCAAACACAAGUUCAUCGUCAAGCACUGCAAGAAGACGUCCUACCUCAGCGAGCUGAUCGACCGGUACCGGCGGUGGAGGGAGGCGGGCCACAGCGACAGCAGCUCCGACGACUCGGACAGCGAAUCCAGCAACAAAGAGAACAGCGAGUCUCCCGAGUGGUCGUUCACCACGGUGCGGAAGAAGAAGCCGGAGGGCAGGAAGGUUCUCAACGGGACGAGCCAGGACCAGCUGAGUAAAUCCUCCAGUUUGUCCACAAUCAUCGCUCCCAUCUUCUCUGAGCUGAAGCUGCAGCACAAGGAGCAAUCUGAGCAGAGGCAGGCGAUCGAAGAGCUGGAGAGGAACAUUCAGGUGGCUGAGAAAGUGUGUCCGGGCAUCACGGACCGGAUGGUCACGCACAUCAUCGCCAGAUAUACAACAAACUGAUAUACGGACAGCCGGAUGGAUGGAUUAAUUAAAGGAAAGUAGGAAGAGACUGUCUCCCUGUGCGGAGACGAAUGAUGAAAACGGAGACGAUUCGCAGUGCGAUGUCUCCUCCUUGUACACACUUCUCAACACACACUAAUAAUGUAAUAUAUACACUAUGUUUUAUAUAUUUACUGCUGCUGAUUGAGGACAUGUUACCCCCUUCUAGUUUAAUUUGAAAUACAGAUGUUUUUUGGUCUUUUUUUGGGUGGGGAGGGGGGGGGUAUAGAAAUAUGCAGAUUUAUGAAAAUACCAUCAUGUGCCUUACAUUUUUUUUAAAUCAUUUUCUAGCAAGACUUUCCCUUUUUUCAACAAUUCCUUUUUCAACAAAACUAGAAAUACAACACAGAAGACGGUUCUUGUCCUUCAGUAGCAGUAGCCUUUUUGUUUUCCUGACUUGCUUUAAGUUUGUAAAUGUCUGUAUGUUUGUUCAGUAGCACUUGGGACAGAUCUUAUGCCAAUACAUUUGUCUUGAGUUCUCAGUAAUGCUGUUUAAUUGCAGUUCCCUAAACUAAAACUCAGUCAAGGUCAGAAUAACCCAUGUUAUUAACCUCAGUUUUCACAACGAAGAUCAAAAUAUGUCCUAAAUUAGCCAUUUGCCAUUCAAGCUGUCCUAAACAUUUUGAAAUUUGUGAGUUUUAUGUUCAUCUUUUCCCAGGGAGAGUCCAAUUUAAAAAUUCAUCAGGGUUAAAAAUCCAAUCAUUUUUGAGAGCUAAUGGAAACUAGCUGAGCUAGGCAGCUAGCAGAAUGCUAGCUAGCUAAUGUAGCCUCUCAAGCUAUCUGGUAAAUGGGCUAAUGUAGACAAAGUGAAAACUCUUGAUGUUUUAAAACAUUCCAAAACAAUAUUGUUUCAAUAUAUUUGGUCAAUUUGAUCCUAUGGCUUACAACAGAAACUGUCCAAAAAGGAAGAAAGAAAACAAAGAUAUUAAAGCUAAAUGCACAAAAACAAACUAGGCUUGUUCUGCUAAAAUAUUUUAGAAUUUUUGAGACAGUUUUAUGUCCAGGUUUUUUUUUUCAGGGAGAGCCAUAUUUGACAACCGAUCAGGGUUAUGAGUGAAGCCAACUAAAACUAGCCGAGCUAGGCAGCUAGUGGCUUGCUACAGAUUGCUAAGUAGCUUAAUUAGCCUCUUAAGCUAACUAGUAAAUUUGUAUUACUGUAAAUGAAGUAAAAAUAUGUAGGUACAAAUCCCGAUUUGUUUUUUUUUUUACAUAUAUAUAUUUUUGGCUUAUUUUUGCUUAGUUCUUUUGUGUUUGCUUUAGGUUGUGUACAAUUAUUUUACUGUGAAAGCUUUUUUGAUUUGUCUUAUUCAGGAGGUUAUUUAGAAAGAAAUGUCUUCCAAAGUCAGACUUUCAGUGUGUACAGAGUUUGGAUAAUCGCUGUUGAGAAAUGUUGUCAGAAAGUUAUACACUAUUCGUUGUGUUAAAUAUUUAUCAUUUUCCCCGAGGAUAGUGCUGGGAACUGUAAUUAAACGUAUUACUGACUGUUUGUACCAAAGACACUAUAAGGCUUGGUCUCUGUAAAUUUGCUUCUUUUUAUAUACGUAUAUAUGCAUCAUAAGGGAUUUAACAAUGCUUGUUAAAGGGGGAAUUGUAAAAUUUCAGAUGUAAGAUUUUACAUUAACAUAGUUUUUUUUUGUAGCUGGACUUUAGAGUUUUAUGAAUAAAUAUUUAAACCUGAUUGGGGGGAAAAAACUGUGUUUUACCUCUUUUUGGAUGCCUUAAACUGCCAAGGUAGUAGGUGGUUCAUGUAAAUAUAUUUUAUUGCCUUAUUUUAAUAGCCGAUACCCAUCCGUUUUUGGGACAGAAAUUAUGUUAGAAAACAUUCAAUAUCAUUUGGGUUCACAGUAAUGCUGUUGAUGGAAAAUUGUUCACUUGGAGCAUAAAAACCACUUGUUGA